AUGACUAAGGCGGUGAUCUCAGCCGUCGGUAGUGGUGGUGGUUCAGUCGCCUUAACCGUGACGAAGAUAGCUUCGCCUCCUAUGGACGGCUGCUCCGCGGUUGCGUUUCCCGAGACCAUUGCAAUGGAUUUGUUGGAUCCGCGUUUAGGGUGCGCCUCCCAUUUAUCUAGGGCAGCUUGGAGUUCUUAUUGGGAUGUCUUACACUGCUCCAAGUUCUCCACUAGUUUGUCCAUGUUGGCUUGCAUCCGUUCCCAGGACGCGUGA